UGUGUGUGUGUGUGUGUGUGCGUGUGUGUAGGUAGGUAGGUACACGAGAACAUUUGCACACAGCCGUGCCAAGGAAGCAAGGAAAGGAACGAGGUCGGCAGGGAAGCGUUGCCCCCUUACAACGCGUGCACUGCGUUUGAGCAGCAGGCAGCAGCAGCAGCAGCAGCGCCAUGCCGCGCGAUCACCCACGCCGCAACCGGAGUCGGCCCCGCGGGCGCACCUCGCGGUCCCGGUCUCCGCUUCGCACCGCCACACAACCACCAUUAGCGGCGCCACCACCCGCAGCCAAGCCAGAGGGCCGUGAGGGCGCCGGCAGCGCCGUUGAGCGUGAUCGACCCAGGCAGCAGCCAGAGCAAAGCCGCAGCCGCAGCCGCAGCCGCAGCCGCAGCCGCAGUAGGGAGCGUCCCGCGAAGAAGGAGAGGCAGCAAGACAAGGAAGGGUCGAAACGCUCGCAGCAACACAAGAAAGGAGGAGAAGGGCGUUCGAGGUCGCGGCGAUCCCACUCGCGUGACCACCGUCGCCAUAUCGAGCAUGCCCAGCACCAACAGCGACGGCUGCCUCGCCGUGACGACAGGCAUCACGCCCAAACCCACCAUCGCAACCCGCAUCGCAAUCACCACCAACACCGCCGUCAGCAUCAGGUUGUCCCGCACGAUGACUACGGCAGCCCACGCAGGCACGACAGGCGCCCGCGCCAUGCGCACCGUCCAGACCGCCGGCAACCCAGGCGGAGGUCCGGCCACCACAGGCACGGCGGAGGUGGGGGAGGAGGUGAUCGACGCGGUCGGUAUGGUGGGCGAGGAAGCACGCGCAGCCAUCACCACACGUCGUCUCGCAGCCGGCGCCACGCAUCUUCCUCGUACGAGAGCGAUGACGACGACGACGACCACGAUGAUGAUGAUGAUUACACGUCGUCCUCAAGCUACGCCAGCUCGUAUGACGACGAUCAUGACAGCCGCAGCCGGGGUCGUGGGCGGGCCCGCCGUCGAUCGCGCCGCCGCAGCCACUCCAGCGAGGUGUCGCCUUCCUCGCCGUCAUCGCCAUCAUCGUCACCCUCGUCGCCGUCGUCCCCGUCAGACUCCAGCUCAGGUGCUGAGUCCGCCAGCCCCGGCCGUCGCAGGAAAGGCCGCCGCCGCAGCCCGCCAAGGCGGUCUGCCAGCGGCGACCGGAGCCGCCGCUCCCCCGCCCCGGAGCGACUGACCCGCAAACCACGCUCAUCCCGCAAGCCUGCAUCAACGACCGCAGCGACAGCGGCGAGAACAACGGCAGCCGCAGCCGCAGCAACAACAUCAACAACAACACCAGGGAGGAGGGCGGGUACUGGCUCAUCGUCGUCGACACCAGCGUCAAGCAGGAGAGAUCAUGGGCUGGACAUGUUUGUCAGAGCAAAGAAGCAGAUGGCAGAGAAGCGGAAGCAGAGUGCUGGGGAGCUGCCCGGUGCGAAAAAGAAGAUGGCGUCGCCCACAAAACGCGGCCAGUCCCCUGGGGGCGGGGAGGACAGCAGCACACCCGCACAGCAGCGGCAGGCACAGAGCAAGGACGCAAGGGCGAAGAAGCAAGAUGGCCAGGAUGGUGGCGCAGAGGAGAGGGAGCAGGGUGGAGAGCGCCCAGAUAAGCAGCAAUCACACACACAAGCACAACAACAACAACAACACCAACACCAACAGCAGCAGCAGCAGCAACAACAGCAGAUGGACCUGCCUCGAUGGUUGACGGGUACUGUUGGCCAGUUUUCAGACCUGCAGCAAGUUGGAGAAGGAAGCUUCGGCGAGGUAUACCGCGCACGUAAGGACGCCAAUGGGCCCGUCUUUGCCCUCAAGCGCAUCAAGAUGGACGUUGAAUCACAAGGAUUCCCGAUCACUGCGCUGCGCGAGAUACGACUGCUGCGACGGCUGCACCACCCGGCGGUCGUCAGUCUGUGCGGCGUUCUCGCAGACGUCGACGCCCCGCUCAUGCACCUCGACCACAAGGCCCACGCAGCUUCCUUUUACAUGGUGCUGGAAUACAUGGAGCACGAUCUGACCGGCCUGCUUGAGCCCAGUGCACCCGUGACGCUGACAGACCAGCAUUACCGCCAGUUCAUGCGCCACCUGAUGGAGAUGUAUGCGAAGCGGGCGAUAUUUCAAGGGGAGAGCGAUUUGCUGCAGUUGGAUGCGAUUUGUGCCAUUUGCGGGGCACCGGACGAAAAGGCGUGGCCCGAAUACCGCAGAUUACCAUUCUUUAACACGAUUAAGCUGAAGAGGUUGUACUCCCCGAGGUUACGCGAGUUUGCACUGCGACACAGCAUGACGAGUGACGGCAUUGAUUUAUUGGAGAAGAUGUUGAUAUUCAACCCGCGCAAGCGCAUUUCGACCGAUGACACGCUGCAGCACCCGUACCUGCAGCUUGAUUUCCCCCUCCAACCCCUCAUCCUCACCCGCAAUCAAGACUGUCAUGAGAUGUGGUCCAAGGAGGAGCGCAGGAAACGGCGGCAAGCACGCAAGGACGGGCAAGCGCCAACCACCGCAUCGACGGGCGCAGGUGCUGCUGGCAACAACGGCGGUGGCAACGGCGCAGCCGCGAAUGGCUCUGCGCUACCAGCAGCAGCAGCAACAACAACAACAACAACAACAGCAGCACAGAACCCGCACCAGCAAUACCAGGAUCAUCAGCAACAGCGGCAGCGGCAGCAGCGCUCAGAUGUACCUGGCACCUUGGCUGCUGCGCCGCAAGCACAGCAGCAGCAGCAGCAGCAGCAGCAGCAGCAGCAGCAGCAGCAGCGUGAUCCACAUGCACCACCUCAGCACCGUUCCCACCACCAACAGCCACACCAGCGCAUGGCAGAGCCUGAAACGCCUUUGGCAAUGUUGAAGCAAGUGCUCGGAGAGUGGCAACGCACGAUGCCAAACCAAGAGGAGUUCUCGACCGAACCCAUUGGCGAGGGCAUUUGCGUGUCAUACUUCCCAGCCACGCACAAGCACCCUGUGCGUCAGAUCCUUGGUCAUCACCUGCCGUUCGUUCUUCUUCACAAUGACAAGGACGGCACCCUCAACUUUGAAUCGACACAAGUCCUGCAACAACUCGCGCACACGACACACCCCCGGCCCCAACUUGUCGAAACCGAGGAGGAUGCGGUCUUGCAGUCUCGCUUAGAUCUGCUUUGCUGCACCUCCAAGACAACUGGAAUUCCUCUGGCAAUGGCGCGCCUGGCUGCAUCCGCAGUCACGCAGCUGUGCCGGGAGGACAGUGGCAUGGUUCUGCCCUGGGUGAUCCAGUGCAACCACACACGGUUUGCCUUCUUCUGCGUCCAGCCUUCUAACCCGGACAAAGGCAGCACAACGGUUGCCCACAUCUUCACUGUCACGCAUCGAGGAUCCGUUGAGGUCGCCGGGUUGCCGCAGCUGCCGCAGUUGCUGGAGGAGUACGGCACCCUGCGCUUUGCAGAUGACAACACGAGCGUGGGUGUGAAGCCCUCCGCCCACAUUGCGGCCGUCUAUGACAUCUUGGGCACAGCAUCAGCAGCAACGGCUGGCGGCGGCAGCAGCGACACAGCCAGCAAGGAGUCUUGGUUGCAUGUGGAGUUUGCGUGGGAGGCAGUCUGUCGAACCCUCUCAGCACCACCGCACGCGUGCCCCGUCAUCCUUCGAUUUCAGGCAUUUCCUGACCCGAAAGGCAGCACCUCGUGUUUCCAUCAUGAGGCCAGCAGCCUGGCUCGGCUGUGCAAGGUCGUGGAGCACCUGCACACCGUCGAUGAUAUCGAUGUGGAAACUGCAUGGGAGGAAGUGCACGCGCAGGAACGGCCAUCGCUUGAUGACGACGACUUCGAGUACAAGCUCGAGGACUUCUUGAACGCAAACGGCGAUAAUGGGGCCGGGGACAUGACCCUGGCUGGUGGAUCCACCAUCCCUCACACGAUGUCGUCAUCAUCAUCGGCCGCCACCGGCGCAGGGAGCGAUGCCCGUCCGCUCUUCAGCGAGCGACGAGAUCUCGAUUUGCCAGACCGUGUGUGGCGCUUUGUGAAAGAUUGCAGCUCGUUUCAGCAGCUGCGCCAAGGCCUUGUGGCCAUUUUCCAGGCCAUGCGCCGCGGAGAGGUCAAGGGCAGCGUGCACCCCGGCAACCAGACGCAGAUGGCACAGCUCGUGAUUGCGUGCGAAAAGGCGAACCGCCUCGCGGCGCGCACAACCGCGGAAGACAAGCAAGAACUCAGCGCGCUCUUGGCCAGCAUGGCAACGGAUCCUGCGGCGCUGCUUGCGUGUGUCAUGGAGGCUGGCGUCGUCAAGCUGCAGCGCGACCUUCUUGAAAACGUCCUGGGCCUCAAACUGGCAACGGAACGACAGUUGGCACCGCUGCUCAAGUGUCACGACCUGCCACUUGACGUUCAGUUGGACCGACUUCUGGUUGUGCUGCGGGCCAUGGAUGCAGCUGCACUGCUGCGCAAGUCGCUCGACCUUCCAACUGCAGCCCUCUCUGAUGUCCUUUCUGCAAUGCUCAAUCACCGUGACGACAACAGCGAUGAGGACACCGGCAUGACCGUUCCACAGCUUCAACAUGCGUUGCCAGAGUUUUCCGCCGGCGCAGCACUGCUGCGAAAAGUGUGCAGUGGGCUGGAGCCGUCCACGUGGACCGCCAAGUUGACCCACCCGGCCUGCCCUUCACGCACGUACCAGUUUAUUAACUCUGCCAGUCAAACCACAUACCUCCCAUCAGAAGAUGAUGCCGAGUUGGACGAAGACGACAGCCUGUUGAACGCUGACAGCGUGCACACCAAGUACCAUGUGGUCACUGCACUCGAGUCCCACGUGGCGUGA